ACACUCACUACAUUCAUGACUUCGUAACGUCUGUGCGAAUUGAUGCCAUAUGAAAAUAAAUUUUCCCAUUUCUUAGUUCUUACUAGGCAAAUGUGCCGUAAGUACGAUGAUGAAUUAUUGCAAUACACUUGUUAAAUCGCAUUAUAAAUUACUAAAUGUUUGCAUGUAAUUACAUUCUAAUCGCCUCUAUAAAUAAGUUAGAUAUACUAGACUACUAGCUACCGUUCAGUUACGAUGCUUUGGAUAACUGCCAAUCGGAAUUCGCAAUCUCGUUUUCCCGCAUUUAUUCAAAUAUUCCCGCCAAUCAAAAUUCUAAUACUCUAGUGACAUGCGUUAAAUCAGGACACUUGAUUACUUUUGAAUCUUAAUUUAAACACCUCAAAUGCACUUAAAUUCAUCCGUAAAUUAAUCAGCAAAAAAGAUGAAAUUGCAAUAAAUGUGCGUGUAAAAACUUGGCAGUGAUUUCUGUAACAAAUCUAAAAUUGGAAUUUCAGAUAUUUAUAUAAUACCUACUUACUUGUAAUAAACACACGUGAUACCUUAAAAUAUGUUAAACUUAAUUACUGAAGAUGAAUUUCAGUGUUUCGGAAACUUUACACCAUAUCCUAUACGUAAUGAACCGGAAGAAUCUACCUCUAACAGCAUGACUGGUAUAUUCAUUAGCUCAUUUAUUACAUUUAUAGCGUAUAAUGUAAUUGUUACUCUGACGAAUACAAAAAACGUAAGGAAGAACAUAGAAAAGCAUAGAAAAAAAAUAGUAAAAAGACUAUCAAAGCCGUCUGCCUCGUGCACACCUAAUAUACGACGGUUUCAACCUAUAGAAAGUCCAUCGACAUUUAGUAUUAAGAAGCUACAGGAAAUUGCAGAGAAAGAUCAAGACGCUGACAUCGAAAGUGCUUUAGACUACUGUCCAGGUGGUUAUAUGCCAGUUACAAUUGGACAAACAAUCGGUCCAGAUAAUCGAUAUCAAAUUGUACGCAAAUUGGGCUGGGGACAUUUUUCCACCGUUUGGUUAUGUGAAGACAUAUCCGAAGGACAAACGUACUACGCAAUAAAAAUAGUAAAAUCGGCAAAUAGUUUUAAAACUGUGGCUUUAGAUGAAAUAAAGUUAUUGAGGUGCGUCAAAGACCAAGAACCAACUGCUGCUGGUUACGACAAAAUAGUAUUAUAUCAUGACUAUUUCAUUGCAUCCAGUUUAUAUGGAGAACAUCUCUGCCUUACAUUUGAACUUAUGGGGCCAUCGUUGUUACAUUUAAUUGUUCAAAGUAAUUAUCAAGGACUCGAGAAAGAAGGAGUUAAGAAUAUCAUAAAACAAAUUCUUCUUGCGUUAACGUAUCUUCAUGAAAACUGUAAAAUUAUACAUACCGAUAUUAAACCUGAGAACAUAUUGAUCUCCGUUAAGGAACCUUAUAUACGUAACAUGGUUGCACACGUAAAUCGCUUUAAUGAGCUCGGUGUUCAAAUGCCUAAAUCCUACGUAAACGCCGCUGGAUGGAAUGAACCCGAGUUUUUCGAGCAAAGCUGCGAUGAAGCGAGUACGUCGAAUGUAAUUUAUUCACAACGCGUAGAUCCUCGAAGGACAUCGUGUCCUAACAAGGUAUUUGUAAAUGAUUUUUCGAAACCGAUAAAGGUCAAACAAGACCAACGGCCUGUUUCGCCCUUAUUUGUGGAUCCCGGAAUACAAGUCAAAAUUGCGGAUUUAGGAAAUUCGUGUUGGGAGGAUCAUCAUUUUGCAGAAGUUAUCCAAACGUUACAGUAUCGAGCUUUAGAAGUAAUUAUUGAAAGUGACUAUAGUUUUGCCGCAGAUAUUUGGUCAGUUGCUUGUUUAGCCUUUGAAUUGUCAACUGGGGAUUUCUUAUUUAACCCCCAGGCAAGUGAACACUUAUCUUGCGCGGAAGAUCAUUUAGGAUUAAUUUGGGAAUUACUUAAUGGAAUUCCGCCAUACAUUGCGCAUAGUGGACGGAGGUCUAGUGAAUAUUUUACGUCAGCCGGUACACUUAAGCGAAUUUCUCCAGAGAAUAUGAAAAUAUGGAAAGUGGAAGAUGUACUUGUCGACAAAUAUCAAUGGAAAAGGGUAGAUGCCAUAUUGUUAGCAGAUUUUAUUGAAUCUCUAAUUGAGCCGGAUCAAGAUCUUAGGGCAACCGCCUCAUCAGCACUCAAUAAGAAGUGGCUGAACUCUAUAGACAGCCACUGAAUGCAGUGCAUCACUUUCUUA